AUGCCUGCUCCUGACGCCAAAGCCGACUUCGUGAGCUGGAAAAUCGAUCUGAAUCAACCAAGUGGUACUAACGUCCCCAAUCCUGUUGUUAUCAUUGACGUGCCGUUGGAGUUCCCGCGUAUAGACGAGCGCUUUAUGACGUCUGUAUGCGACCGCCUCUUCUUAAAUGUGUUCAUACCCGAGAAGUCCGGCGGCCGCAAGAAUAUCUUCCACGGGCUCAACGGUCUGGCCAUGCAUAACCCCAAAACUGGGCUAACGCGGUGGUCCUACGGGGAUGAACCCCUCGUUCAGGGCCCUGUAUUUAUCCUGCGCACUCCCGUCACACCCGAGGGCGAUGGCUGGGUUGUUGUCACGAUAAAGCGCCGUGGUCUGAACCGCAACGACUCGGUGGUGUUAGACACCCGAGAGUUCGAGAAGCCCGUCGCUAUUGUCCAACUGCCACUUCAUCUUAAAGCCCAGAUUCAUGGAAACUGGAUCGAGGCAUCAAUCCUGCCCGAAUGGGCAAGCUAUGUUCGAGAUAUACCAGAGGUUCAAAUCAAUAAUCAGGGAGCCUUAGAGCCACUGGCCUGA